CUCUUUUGCCAAAAUCAACAGCCCUAUAUCCUAGCGAAGGCCCUAGGUUUGAAACUAACUUUCAUUUAAUUGGACCUUAUUGGGGACAGUAUAACGCCUGAAAGAAAGGCUUGCCUAACAGGUUGUACUGAGGGCAAAUCACCUCUUACCGUUUUUUUUCUUCUUCUUUUUUUCACUUAUGUUAUUUGUCAGUGGUUAUUGGUCUUGUCAGAGAGCAGAGAGACAGAGGAGAAACGUGGACGGUUUGUUUUAGCUAUAGUAUCUGCCCAAUGUUUAAUUUAACCGUGUUGACAGUUAGUUGGCGUUAAUAAAUACGAAUAACGGGGUUAAACAUUUAUAACGUUGGCUAUAACAUGACGGGACAGUCCUCGUUGUUACUACGUAAACAAUUAGCAGAGCUCAACAAGAACCCAGUGGAAGGCUUUUCUGCCGGUCUUGUAGAUGAUGAUGACAUCUAUCAGUGGGAAGUGGUCGUCAUUGGACCUCAAGACACGUUGUUUGAAGGAGGUUUCUUCAAAGCCACCUUAACCUUCCCCCGUAACUACCCUUUGAGGCCUCCCAAGAUGAAGUUCAUCACAGAAAUCUGGCAUCCAAAUGUGGCAAAAAAUGGCGAUGUCUGCAUCUCCAUCCUGCAUGAACCUGGUGAGGACAAGUAUGGCUAUGAGAAGCCAGAAGAGCGCUGGCUGCCAAUCCACACAGUGGAGACCAUCAUGAUAAGUGUUAUCUCCAUGUUGGCAGACCCCAAUGGAGACUCUCCUGCCAACGUAGAUGCAGCUAAAGAGUGGCGAGAGGAUCCUAAAGGAGUUUUUAAGAAAAAGGUGGCACGCUGUGUGCGCAGGAGUCAAGAGAUGGCGUAUGACUAAGGCCUCACUCCAGCCCUCAACACAAUUGGAACUGCACAGGGGAUUUGACAACUGGUUACACUUAAGUCGGCCAGAUGACCAUGGGGCACAACUUUGUCAACAUCAACUAGUCACCCAAACAAGGAAGACUCGCAGGAAAAAAGUUUCUAAACCCAUAUAUCUCUACUAAUUUGUGUCUUGCAGUUUGAGUGUUUGAUAUUUAUGAAUCUUGCUGAAUGGCAGUGGCAUUCAUGCUGCCAAAAGUUCCAUUUUACUUUUCCAUUUUCCACCAUCAGUUGCACAAGACACAUGGCAUCAGCAUUUUUAUCCGCAGGAAGAUGCAUUAUACAGCCUAAUACUUUCUUUGUUAUGUACAUACUCAUCAGAUUUUAGGAGUCAUCCCCUUUGAUAAAUGCACCAUUGGACCCUGAUCAGACAGCGUGUUUGAGCAGCCUGGGGCGGAUUGUUGUAGGCUAAUUGUUUUUAAAUGAAAGUGAAGCAUUUUGCGUUGAAUUUCUUUUGCAGGAGCGCCCUGAACUCCUCGUGUUGAACAGAACUUCAACGCGGUGCUGAAAAAACGCCCCACGUCAUUUAACUUCACAGCAAAAUAAACAAACAAAUUCGCUCUGUCUGAUCGCGGCCUCAUUUAGUUUACUUUAUAUUUACCUAUUUAUUUAGAGUGCGACUAUUUAGUGUGUUUUAAGAUGCAUAUUGUCUGUAAUGGAGGGUUUUAUUUUAUUUUCAACCUGCCGCGCUGAGCCAUCCAGUCUACAGUUAUUUCAUCAAUUAUGCAGUAUUUGUACUCUUUAAAGAGAUGGAAAUACAGACGUUGGCUCUAAUUUCCCUGCACAGCCAAAGUGUUCUGCAGAGAAAGUGGUCCCUCUCUACACAAGGGGGCAAACUUAUCACCCAGCGCUGCCUUAACUUUGACUGCCAGCGAAGGAAACUUAUCUUCAAUAAGGACUGCAUCUGAAGGCUUGUUUUGAAUCCAGAAAAACUAUUGUGGACAAACCAAAGAGAAUGCACCAAUAAAUAUAUUUUUAAUGAA